AUGCGUAUCUUGUCCAGCGUAACGAACGAAGAAACAUCCGAGCUGUGUCAUAAGCACAGCUUCCAGAAGAGCGUGCACGACAGCAAAUUGCAGGACUUGGUGCUACACUUGCCAGUAAUGUUCCGUAUAAAGCCUGGUACUGGUUCGGCAUUGAAAACUCGAACAAGCGCCUGUCAAAGCGCGUCUCGAUUGCCGACACACAUCGAAUGCAAGUCUCAGUUGCAUUCGGGUCGGACGUCUGCACUCGCGCCUAUCGUGACGCACCCACUCGAUGUGGUCCACACACGGUCUCAGCUCGCUCGGUCUGGGGAAAACAGACGUGGCUCCAGUCCAAUCGUUCACGCAGCUGUUUCGAAAGGUUGUGGGUGCUCGAAGGUGGUCAGGGAAUGGCCGCUGGACUCGUCCCACCCACGCGUCGUGAGAGUGGCACCUGCUGGCGCCAUCGUGAUCUCCACGUUCAGAGCAGCCAAGUCACUCGCGAUCAGCAGUGACUAA